AUGUCAUUUCUGCAUUUGCACUCGUCUGAGUGUGUGAAGUCGGAGUUGGACCUAUUUACCAUUCCACCUACUCAAACAAGUAUUGGAAAUUCGCAAUUUGUUUAUUACAAUCCUGAAUCUACGCUCUCGGACGAUGCCCCAAUUGAAUUCAUCGUACCAAGCCAUGGAAAAGAAUAUAUUGAUUUAGCACAGACCAUGAUCAACGUUCGCGCCACAAUCCUGGUACGCGAUGGCUCUGCUGCUCUAGACGACUCUGUGGGUCCUGUGAAUAAUUUUUUACAUUUAACGUUUAACCAAGUGGAUGUAUAUUUCAACCAAAAAGCUGUUACGCCUCCAAAUAAUAUGUACGCCUAUAGAGCAUACAUUAAAACAUUACUAAACUAUGGUGCAGAUCCAAAGUUCUCACAUCUUGCAAUGUUUCUUUGGGCUAUGGAUAGUUAUAGUGCCAUGGAUUCUACUGCUGUAAUGUCGGGCGCUGCGAGAAACAAUAAUUACCUACCCUGA